AUGCAACGACAUCAGUUCAACUACAGAGCCUCUCUCAACUAUCACGAAUCUCCCCUGCUCAAACAAUACCCAGUGCCUCUCUUGACCAAACUUCACCCAAUAGAUUCGGAUAUCUCAAUAGAUCCAAGUCCCCCGCCGAUCUCAGGAAGAGCCUUGGAAAGGCAGUCAAAGGCAGUCAAAGGGGAGAGUAGAAGGAUUGUCAAGCUCCAGGAAACAAUUCACCGUUACCGGCCCUCUAAAGCAUUUUCCAACUUUGCAAAAGGCGCAGAAGUAACGUCCCUCGAUUUCGAUGAUACUGGUGAAUUUUGCAUAGCAGCUGGUGAUGAUGAAACUCUCCAACUAUACGACUGUAAACUUGGAAAACACAACAAAACUCUUUACAGCAAAAAGUAUGGAUGCCAUCUUGCAAGGUUCACACACACGCAGAGUAAUGUAAUUUAUGCUUCGACCAAAGAAAACGACACGAUUCGCUACCUCUCCCUUCAUGAUAACACAUUCAUCCGUUACUUUAAAGGCCACAAGCGGCUUGUAACAUCGCUAGAGGUUUCCCCAGUAGACGAUCAAUUUAUAUCUUGCUCCCUCGAUGACACUGUCCGAGUGUGGGAUCUUCGAACCCCCAACUGUAGCGGUCUUCUCAAUAUCUCGUCCCCAUCACUUGCUGCAUUCGACCCUUCCGGUAUCAUCUUUGCCGUUGCUUCUCACGCAUCAAGCUCUAUCUUGUUGUAUGAUUUGCGCAACUAUGACAAGCAGCCUUUCACAACCUUCACCCUAACGGACGACACAUUCCUUCAUGCCUACUCAUACCCAGCUCGUAUGCCCGCAUGGUCGAAGCUCGAGUUCAGUAACGAUGGAAAACAUAUGUUGGUUGGAACUCGGGGACAUGCCCACUAUGUUAUUGAUUCUUUUGCAGAGAAUACCUCGCAGUUUCUAUAUAGGACUAAACGGCCAAAUGGGCCUACAAAUCCGAAAAAGAUUGAGACUUCAGGUGAUGUCUGUUUGACGCCUGAUGCGAGGUACAUAGUUGGAGGGCAAGGCGAGAAGGGAGUCGUGGUCUGGGAUACUUGGGUACAGCCAGAUGACAAAAAAACACUAAAGCCAUUUGUGGAAUUGGCAGAAAAUAGUAAAGUUAUGGCAAGCGUGGUUGCUUUCAAUCCGAAAAUGAACCUAUUUGCAACGGCGCAUAAGGACGUGACAUUCUGGCUCCCGGAACAGCAUGCCCCAGAUGCGCCAGCCUCCGAGACGCCGGUGGCAGCAAGAUAG